AUGAAGAGGAACAGCAACAACAACGAUCCUCAAACAAACAGACAUAACCAUGUCUGUAAUAAAACGACGUCGCAUCGAGGAACAAGAAUCGCAAAAGCUACUCUCUUCAUAGUUUCUUCUCUCUUCAUAUCUGCUGGUCUCUUAGACUUAUUGGGUUGUCUCGAUCUCACAACUUUUACAGGUCUCAAACAAGUAACAAGAACCAGAAAAUCACCAAUCACGAACCAUAGAUUCCCUCACCAAUGCGACGUCGUACAGAACCAAACACAGCAAAAUCCACAAAUUUCGUUUUCCGAGAAUCAAUCCUCGAGAAGCAGCCAUUCAGGACCAUCCACGUGUCCUUCUUACUUCCGUUGGAUCCACGAAGAUCUAAGGCCAUGGAAAGAGACAGGUAUAACGAGAGGGAUGCUCGAGAAAGCAAGGAGAACGGCGCACUUUAGAGUAAUUAUCCUAAACGGGAAGGUGUACGUUAAGAAGUACAGAAAAUCGAUUCAGACAAGAGAUGAUUUUACUCUGUGGGGAAUCGUACAGUUGUUACGGUGGUACCCAGGUAGAUUACCAGAUCUUGAGCUCAUGUUCGACGCUGAUGACAGACCAACCGUCCGAUCUAAAGACUUUCAAGGUCAACAUCACCCGGCCCCACCUCCAUUAUUCCGUUAUUGCUCUGAUGACGUCAGCUUGGAUAUUGUCUUCCCUGAUUGGUCCUUCUGGGGCUGGGCUGAGGUGAAUAUAAAGCCUUGGGCUAAAUCUGUAGUGGCGAUAGAAGAAGGGAAUAAGAUGACGCAAUGGAAAGACCGCGUGGCGUAUGCUUAUUGGAGAGGAAAUCCUAAUGUGGCCCCCACUAGAAGAGAUCUUCUUAGGUGUAAUGUCACAGACCAAGAAGAUUGGAACACACGUCUCUACAUUCAGGAUUGGGUUAGAGAAUCAAGAGAAGGAUUCAAGAACUCAAACCUAGAGAACCAAUGCACACACAGGUACAAGAUUUAUAUAGAAGGAUGGGCAUGGUCAGUGAGUGAGAAAUAUAUAAUGGCAUGCGACUCGAUGACAUUAUACGUAAGACCUAAGUUUUAUGAUUUUUACAUACGAGGAAUGAUGCCAUUACAACAUUAUUGGCCAAUCAGAGACAACUCUAAAUGUACUUCUCUUAAAUUCGCCGUACAUUGGGGAAAUACCAAUUUAAACCAGGCGCGUAAGAUGGGAGAAGAAGGGAGUAGAUUUAUAAGAGAAGAAGUGAAAAUGGAAUAUGUGUAUGAUUACAUGUUCCAUUUGAUGAAUGAAUAUGCGAAGCUAUUGAAGUUUAAACCGGAGAUUCCUUGGGGAGCCACGGAGAUCACACCGGAUAAUAUGGGAUGUCCGGCAACAGGACGGUGGAGAGAUUUUAUGGCCGAGUCUAUGGUGAUGUUUCCUAGUGAAGUGCCUCCUUGUGAGAUGCCUUCUCCGUAUAACCCUCUAGCUUUAAAAGAGGUUCUUGAGAGAAAAGCUAAUUUGACUCGUCAAGUUGAGUUUUGGGAAGAUCAAUACUUUCGUAAUUUGACGGAUGGCAAGAAGCCUUGA